CGCUCAACCACCAUGUCAGAUCUCAAGGUCCGCUCCACAAAACUCAAGUUCAAAGGCGAAAAGUCGCACAAGAAACGGAAACGUAGGGACGACGACGAGGGAACAAGUCGAUCUAGCAAGCGUCGGGCAGCCUCCGAGGAUGAACACAGCGACACUACAUGGGUGCUUCCAGAGGCCGCUGGGGAAAUACGAGGGCCUACCUUCAUUAUGCACCCCUCAGACCCUAGUCCAAUCUCCAUCAACUUCAAUGCGACGACGAACAAGGUGGUACUACACUCUCUGGACAAAGAUACCCCAGAAGGCGAUGACCAACCCAAACUCAUGGAUCGAACUCCAACCGACGUAGCCCAGGUUUGGGUCGUCACACGUAUCGCUGGCUCGACAACUGUCAAUCUCCGGACGGGAACUGGCGAAGGAAAGUUCCUGUCUUGCGACAAACAUGGUUUAGUUUCUGCAGAUCGAGAUGCUCGAGGUCCUCAGGAAGAGUGGACACCAGUCGUCUUUCCGGAUGGAAUGGUCGCGUUUAUGAACGUGUACGAAAAGUAUCUCAGUGUAGACGAGGUGGCUGGUGGUUCCUUGGCACUUCGCGGAGAUAGUGAAGAAGUAGGAUUUCGGGAACGAUUCUGGGUUAAGAUCCAGUAUAAAUACAAGAAGGAAGCUCAUGAGGAGGAGAAGAAACGCAAGGAAGGAAUGGGAGAUCCAACCCAGAUUGACGAAGCGAGCACCAAUAAAUUGUACCAGGCUUGGGGUGCCGGACGCAGUGUCAUUUCUAAAGAAGACAAGAAAGAGCUCAAACGGGCCAAGAAAGAGGGUCGGUUGGCUGAAGCAAUGUUGGAUCGCAGGGCUAAGCUAAAGAGUGACCGCUUUUGUUAGUCAUUUUCUAGAACUCCUGUCCCUACGUGGUAUGUUUCUUGUAACCUCUUUACUUAAAUACUCGAAUGCAACGACUCCUU